GCUCCAACGGCAGCACCAGGAUGGAAAGCAGCAGAAAAAAUUGGGAAAGCAGAAACUGCGCCUGACAAAGGCCAUACGAUCUCUCUGGAAACAAAAUCUGGGGGAGCGCAGUUUACAAAAGAACAGACUGAACUAGCUAAAAAGUGCGUGGCCGCGGUAUGCAACAAAAUGAAGGAAGUUGAGGCAGAAUUGAACGGACUUGACGGUGCUGCUGGUGAUGGAGACUGUGGUUCGACAUUUGCGCAUGCCGCAAAAGCAAUUGAUGAACGAAUGAAGAACACAGAACUAAAGAGCGCCCAACAACUGUUAUGCAACCUUUCUGAGGUGUUCGAGCAGGAAGUUGGAGGCACUGGUGGUGCGCUAUACGCUCUUAUGCUAAGCGCAGCUUCCGAAUCCUUUGCAACAUCAGUAACAUCUAAAGAAUUUGGCAAUGCACUAAUGCGUGCAUCUGAAGCUGUACAGAAAUAUGGUGGAGCCAAGCCUGGAGAUCGAACAUUGGUCGAUUCGAUCCACGCUGCCGUUGAGAAAGUUAAAGGUGGUGAGAGCAAUUGGGACGUCAUACUAGAGGCAGCCACGAAAGCAGCUCAGUCGACCGCUCAAAUGAAAGCACGCGCUGGACGAGCUAGCUACACAGCAAAAGAGGUUCAAACUCGACCAGACGCGGGAGCAGUUGCUAUUGCGUAUUUCAUGCACACAAUAUGGGAUACUAUCAGGCGUGGACACUAA